AUGAUUUCACUUCUCGAAAGCUUCACGUCAAAUCUACAAUACCGGCAAUCGGCCACAAUCUUUGCGGCCUGCACACUCGCCGUGCUCUGCAACUGGUUCUACCGGUUCUCUUCUCGAGGAAAACAGCGGGAGUAUGUGUACGUAAAUUUACCUUCGGGCCCGGACGGCUACAAGAAAGGCCAGGCGCGAUACCUCUCACACAGCUCGACAAUGAUCCAGGAAGGAAUCCAGAAACUCGGUGAAGCCGCUGUCUUCUGGGUACCGACGAUGCUCGGACCAACAAUGGUGGCGCCGCGAAGAUACCUUCCAGAAAUCAAGAACCACCCGGAUCUCAGCUUUGCGAAUUAUAUCCGUGAUGGGUUCGCAGGAGCGCAGACGGGCAUCGAUCUCCCCUUCCGGUCUGAAAACAUCAUGAGGGUCAUCAAGAGGAACAUCAACCAGUCACUCGGCCAUGUCACGGCUGCUCUUUCCGAGGAAGCCGUAAUAUCGAUGGAUAUCGAGCUCCCCUUGACUGAUGAAUGGAUCGCAUACAAAUUGCAUCCGACCUUGCAGCAGAUAGUUGCACGCGUCAGUUCGCGAGUCUUCCUCGGCGAAACCCUCUGCCGCAACCAGCGCUGGCUCGACAUCAUCAUAAACUACACCACGACCGUUAUGACGGCCGGCUUGGAGCUGCGAGAAAUGGGACAGUUCUUCGCACGGAUCGCAAAGUGGUGGCUGCCUUCCUACAAACUUCUCGACAAGUCGGUUAGCGAUGCCAACACAAUGCUCAUGGACCUCCUAAAGACGCGGCGUGAACAGGAGAAGGCGCAGGGCGAUGCGUACGUCAAGCCAAAUGAUGCGCUGCAGUGGGCGGUAGAUCAAGGCGAGCCGGAUGCGAACAUGGCGAGGUUUCAGCUGUUUCUGGGCUUCGCGGCAGUGCAUACCACCAGCAUAACUAUGACCCACCUGGUAUACGAUCUGUGCACGUACUCGGAGUACGUAGAUAUGUUACGGGAAGAGCUGUACGAGGUUCUCGGGAACGGCGAAUUCAACGUCAAGAGCGAUGUGCAGAAGUUGAAGAAGAUGGACAGUUUCAUGAAGGAGAGCCAGCGGUUGCACCCCAUUCAAGAUGCGGCCAUGCAGCGCACAGCAGCUCGAGACAUCGAGCUCUCCGACGGCCUAAAGAUAUAUGCCGGCGACCGGCUGCAGGUGGCCUCGCGCUCCGUCCUCCGCGAUCCGAGCAUCUACAGCGAUCCCGAAACCUUCGAUGGCCUCCGGUUCCUCAAGAUGCGACAGGAGCCAGGACAAGAGAACGGCCACCAAUUCGUCACCUCGUCUGAAACCUUCUUCGCUUUCGGUCACGGGACCCAUGUUUGUCCCGGACGGUUCUUUGCCGGAAACCAGAUCAAGAUUAUCCUUUCACAUCUGCUGAUGCGAUAUGAUUUCAAGUUUCCGGAUGGCCAGACGCAGAGGCCGAAGAGUGUGCACUUUGAGGAGGCAGUUAAUCCGAACCCCGACCAGGAGAUCUUGUUUAAGAGAAGGCGGUACUAG